GCGGCCGCGGCGCCGGCGCCGGUUGGGACGCGGAGCUGAGGAGCAGGGCCGGGCGCCAUGGCACCGUGGGGCAAGCGGCUGGCUGGCGUGAGCGGGGUGCUGCUCGACAUCUCGGGCGUGCUGUGCGACAGCGGCGCGGGCGGCGGCACGGCCAUCGCCGGCUCGGUGGAGGCGGUGGCCAGACUGAAGCGUUCCCGGCUGAAGGUGAGGUUCUGCACCAACGAGUCGCAGAAGUCCCAGGCAGAGCUGGUGGGGCAGCUUCGGAGGCUGGGAUUUGACAUCUCUGAGGGGGAGGUGACCGCCCCGGCACCAGCUGCCUGCCGGAUCCUGAAGGAGCGAGGCCUGCGACCAUACCUGCUCAUCCAUGACGGAGUCCGCUCAGAAUUUGAUCAGAUCGACACAUCCAACCCAAACUGUGUGGUAAUUGCAGACGCAGGAGAAAGCUUUUCUUAUCAAAACAUGAAUAACGCCUUCCAGGUGCUCAUGGAGCUGGAAAAUCCUGUGCUCAUAUCACUGGGAAAAGGGCGUUACUACAAGGAGACCUCUGGCCUGAUGCUGGACGUUGGUCCCUACAUGAAGGCGCUUGAGUAUGCCUGUGGCAUCAAAGCCGAGGUGGUGGGGAAGCCUUCUCCUGAGUUUUUCAAGUCUGCCCUGCAAGCAAUAGGAGUGGAAGCCCACCAGUUACUUUCAGUGUGAAAGCAAGAAGCAGAAAUGCCUAUGGCUUUUCCUGAGUUUUUGCUGCUUCUCUGAAAGGAUAAGAAUUGACAAGUCCUAUCAGUGUGUUAAUAUAUCUCACUGGCAAGACAGUGUAACAGCAAGAUUACAGCAAUAUGGAAGAAAUAAUAAAGUCACUCAUUUUGCGACCUUUAUAUUUUGACUAUUUUGGGAUAGAUUGCCUUUCAAACUUCCGAAUUUUAGAAAGGAAGAAGAAUAGGUUAGGAUUUUAUUGUCUACACCUACCCCACCCCCACCCUAAGUGAGUCUGGCUUCGUCCUCCAGUGGGUUUUCUUUUUUCUUUUUUUUUUUUUUUUUGAGUCAGUGUCUCCAUUUGUCACCCAGGCUGGAGUGCAGUGGCACUAUCUCAGCUCACUGCAACCUCCACCUCCUGGGUUCAAGCAAUUCUCCUGCCUCAGCCUCCUGAUGAGCUGGGACUACAGGUGCGUGCCACCAUGCCAGCUAAUUUUUUAUUUUUAGUAGAGACGGUUUCACCAUGUUGGCCAGGCUGGUCUCAAAUUCCUGACCUCAGGUGAUCUGCCCGCCUUGGCCUCUCAAAGUGCUGGGAUUACAGGUGUGAGCCACCAUGCCCAGCCCCAGCUAACUUUUGUAUUUUCCAUAGAGAUGGGGUUUUGCCAUGUUGCCCAGGCUGGUCUUGAACUCCUAGCUCAAGCCAUCCUCCUGCCUCGGCCUCCCAAAGUGCUGGGAUUACAGGCAUGAGCCACCACACACAGCCCCUCCAGCAGGUUUUCUGAAAGAUUGUAAGGAAUAGUGGGCAGCCGGCAUGGUGGCUCACACCUGUAGUCCCAACACUUUGGGAGGCUGAGGCGGGUGGAUCACUUGAGGUCAGGAAUUUGAGACCAGCCUGGCCAACAUGAUGAAACCCCAUCUCUACUAAAAAUACAGAAAAACAAAAAAAUUAGCUGGGCGAGGUGGUGCAUGCCUGGUAAUCCCAGCUACUUGGGAAGCUGAGGGAUGAGAAUUGCUUGAACCUGGGAGGCAGAAGUUGCAGUGAGCCGAGAUCACGCCACUGCACUCCACCUGGGUGAUAGAGCGAGACUCCUCAAAAAAAAAAAAAAAAAAGAAAAAAAGGAAAAAAGAAACAGAGUCCACAGCUGCCCCAGGCUGUCCUGCUGCCUCCUUGGAAGUGGGCAGCAGAAGCAUGGGUUGGGGGUCCCCCAGGUGUCAAGCCGGGUGCAUGUUUCCCCUGUGUGUAUUUCGGUCCAGAACACUGGUGCCUCAAGGUGCUUUGAGAAAGAUGGCCCAAAGCUGCCGAAGUCUAGACACUGCACCUGCACCUGCCCUGAGAUCCAUAGAGAUGUCAAAAGACGCAGGCUCUCUGGAGUCCCCAGAAAACACCUGGGAAAUGUCACGUUAGUCUGUUAGAGAAGGAAAGAUUUGUGUUCUGAAUGAGUGAGAACGCAGCAAUAAAUAACCUGGCUUUUUACUACCUUGCUUCAUAGGGCAGAAUUUCUUUUUUUAUUAUGAGAGAUUUCAAACAUACAGAAAAGUAGAGAGAAUGAUACAGACCCCCAUUAUAUCCAUCACCCAGCUUCAGUGGUUAAGAUUUUGCCACAUUCCUUUCUUCUAUCCUCUUUUUUUCGUUUUAAAAAAUUUACUGGCUGGGUGUGGUGGCCCACGCCUGUAAUCCCAGCACUUUGGGAGGCCGAGGCAGAUGGAUCACCUGAGGUCAAGAGUUCAAGACCAGCCUAGCCAACAUGGUGAAACCCCGUCUCUACUAAAAUAUAAAAAUUAGCUGGGUGUGGUGGUAUGCACCUGUAAUCCCAGCUACUCAGGAGGCUGAAGCAGAAUUGCUUGAGCCCAAGAGGUGGAGGUUGCAGUGAGCCAAAACUGCACCACUGCAUUCCAGCCUGGGCGACAGACUCCAUUUCCAAGUAGUAAUAAUAAUAAUAUAAUAAAUUUACUUAUUUUUUGCUGUCAUAUUUUAAAGCGAAUCUCAAUUGUAUCCUUUCAUAUUGUAGCAUGACUUUAAAAAAAUCAUGAUUUUUAGAUAUAACUACAAUACAUUAAAACUCCUAACAUGGCCAGCAGGCACACAAAAAGAUACUCAAUAUCAUCAUUCAUCAGGAAAUGCAGAUCAAAACCCCAAUGAGAUACCACUUCACACUAAGAUGACUGUAUAGUUAAAAAAAAAAAUAGAAAAUAACAAGUGUUGGCAAGGAUGUAGAGAAAUUGGAACCCUUCUCUAUUGCUGGUAGGAAGGUGAAAUGACAAUGUUGCCACAGUCAGCCACUUGGUGGUUCCUCAAAGUUAAACAUAGAAUUUGCCAUAUGACUCAGCAACCCAUUUCCAGGUCUACACCCAGAAGAACUGAAACAGGUGUUCAAACAAAAACUUGUACACAAAUAUCCAUAGCAGCUCCAUACACAAUAGCCAAAAGGUAGAAAAAACCAAGAUACCUGCCCAUCAACUGAUGAAAGGAUAACCAAAUGUGGUAUGUCCGUACAGUGGAAUAGUAUUCAGCCAUAAAGAGGAAUGAAGUUCUGACACAUGCCACAGUGUAGAUGAACCUUGGUAGCAUUAUGCUAAGUGAAGGAAGCCAAACACAAAGGACACAUAUCGUAUCCUUCCAUGUAUAGCAAAUGUCUAGAAUAGGUAAAUCCAUAGAGAUGAAAAGCAGAUUAGUGGUUGUCAGGGGCACAGGGGAAUGGGGAGUGCUGCUUCAGGGUACGAGGUCUCCUUUUGGAGUGAUACAAAUAUUCUGGAACUGGGCCGGGCGCGAUGGCUCACACCUGUAAUCCCAGCACUUUGGGAGGCUGAGGAGGGUGAAUCACUUGAGGUCAGGAGUUCGAGACCAGCCUGGCCAACAUGGUGAAACCCUGUCUCUACUAAAAAUACAAACAUUAGCCAGGCAUGGUGGUGUGCGCCUAUAAUCCCAGCCACUUGGGAGGCUGAGGCGGGAGAAUUGCUUGAACCCAGGAGGUGGAGAUUGCAGUGAGCUGAGAUCGUGCCACUGCACUCCAGCCUGGGCGACAGAGCCAGACUCUGUCUAAAAAAAAAGAAGAAAAACAAAUAUUCUGGAACUGGACAGUGAUGAUGGUUGCACAAGGUUCUGAAUGUGCUCAAUGCCAGUGAAUUGAAUACUCUGGUCACAGUCAUAAAUUUAAUGUGUAUUUUACCACAAUAAUUUUAAAACCACCUAAAAAAUUAACAGUGAUUUUUGUUAGUAUUAUUUAAUACCAACCCAUAUUUAAAUUUCCUUGACUGUCUCAGAAAUGCUCUUUUACCACUGAUCUGUUGGAAUCCAAUCUGAAGAAGCUCCGUGACUUGUGUGUGGUUUUUAUGUUUCCUAAGCCUCUCUUUUUAGCCCUCCAUCAUGGAACAUUUGAAAUAUCUAUGUCAGAAGAGAGGGCAGCUCAGGGAACUCCUAGGUACCCAUCACUGUGCUUUAAUAAUUAUCAACUAAUAACCACUUUAAAAUUGUUUUCAACUUUUCAUUUUGAAGUAACUUGACACUCACAAAAAGUUGCAAAUAUAGUACAAAACAUUCACAUGUGCCCUUCACCAGCUUCCCCAUCAUCAUCAAACGAUGAUAAAACCAGGAAAUCAACACAGGCACAAGGCGGUUAGCUAACCUAGAGACCUUAUUCAGACACCACCAGUCAUCCCACUCAUGGCUUUCUGGGCACACGUUGCAUGUAGCAGUCAUGUCCAUAGUGUCCUGUAUCUGUGAACUCUGAUCACCUGUUGAGGAGGUGUCUUCCAGAGUUCUCCACUGUCGUUACUAUUUGUCCCUUUUAAUAAGUAUCUUUUUUUUAAAUUAUUUAUUUAUUUUUUGAGACGGAGUCUUGCUCUGUCACCCAGACUGGAGUGCAGUGGCGCUAUCUCUGCUCACUGCAAGCUCCGCCUCCCGGGUUCACGUGAUUCUCCUGCCUCAGCCACCCACGUAGCUGGGACUACAGUUGCCCGCCACCACACCUGUGUAAUUUUUGUUUUUGUAUUUUUAGUAGAGAUGGGGCUUCACCGUGUUAGCCAGGAUGGUCUCGAUCUCCUGACCUCGUGAUCUGCCCGCUUCAUCUCCCAAAGUGCUGCGAUUACAAACGUGAGCCACCGCACCCGGCCUUUUUUUUUUUUUUUUUUUUUUUUUUUUUUUUUUUUGAGCAGGAGUCUCAUUCUGUCACCCAGUCUGGAGUGCAAUAGCGCCAUCUCGGCUCACUGCAACUUCCACCUCCCAAGUUCAAGCGAUUCUCCUGCCUCAGCCUUCUGAGUAGCUGGGAUUACAGGCACCCGCCACCAAGCCCAGCUAAUUUUUGUAUUUUUAGUAGAGACAGGGUUUCUCUAUGUUGGCCAGGCUCGUCUUGAACUCGACCUCAGGUGAUCUGCCUGCCUCGGCCUCCCAAAGUGCUGGGAUUAUAGGCAUGAGCCACUGGGCGUCCGGCCUUCAUUGGUGUAUUUUAUGUGUGGCCCAAGACAUUUCUUCUUCCAGUAUGGCCCAGGGAAGGCAAAAGAUCGGACACCCCUGCUGUAGAGGUUUAUGAUCAAAAUACUGUAUUUAAAGCUGCUGGGAAUAAUUUUUUUUUGUGGGUGGUAUUCCCCCAAGUGGACGCUCUUUGAAUUCAUUUUCAUUUUGAUGUUUAGGGAAUUGGCUUAACAUUUAUAUUUGUUUUGUAGUUAUGUAAAAUAUUCAUAUGGUUCUAAAAUCCACAAAGCAAGACAUAUUCAAGGAAGUCUAACUUCUGUUCCUUUCCUUCUAUUUUGUUUUUACCUGUCUCUUAUAGUUAGCCAUGUUUAUGAAUAUUAUACCUAUAAAUAUUUUAUAAGUAUUACAGCUUACUUUUUUAUUUAAGAAAUAAGCAACUAUGUGUAUAUUUGUAUUCCCCUCAUAGGAUGAAUUUAAGAGACAAUAAAUUCUCAAAAUAAUUUGUUUUAUAUAUAGUGAGAAAGGCUAAUGCUUUAAUCUGAGUUUAAAAAUCAGUAUUUAAAAGUUUAUAAGUAGGCCGGGCAUGGUGGCUCAUGCCUGUAAUCCCAGCACUUUAGGAGGCCAGGGAGGGCGGAUCACCUGAGGUCAGGAGUUCGAGACCAGCCUGGGCAACAUGGCGAAACCCCAUCUCUACUACAAAUACAAAAAUUAGCCGGGCAUGGCAGCAGGUGCCUGUAAUCCCAGCUACUCAGGAGGCCGAGGUGGGAGAAUCGCUUGAACCCAGGAGGCGGAGGUUACAGUGAGCCGAGAUCAGGCCACUGCCCUCCAGCCUGGGUGACAGAGUGAGACUCCAUCUUAAAAAAUAAGUGGUAUGAUCACAACCAUAUCAAACAGCCCCUUUACCCUGACCCAAAACCCAAACAAAAACAAAACCCUGCACUGCCUGGAAAAUAAGACCUGGCCGGGUGCAGUGGCUCACGCCUGGAAUCCCAGCACUUUGGGAGGCCGAGGUGGGCAGAUCAGUAGAGCCCAGAAGUUUGAGACCAGCCUGGGCAACACGGUAAAACCCCGUCUCUACAAAAAAAUGCAAAAAAAUAAAUAGGCAGAUGCAGUGGCAUGUGCCGGUGGUUCCAGCUACUUGGGGGGGCUGAGGUGGGCAGAUUGCUUGAGCCCAGGAGGUUGAGGUUGCAGCGAGCUGAGAUUGCACCACCGCACUCCAGCCUGGGCAACAGAGCGAGACCCUGUCUCAAAAAAACAUAGGAAAGCAAGAA